UGUCAAAAAAUUUAGGUUAAGUCAAUUUUUGAAAUUAGUAAUGUUUUCUCUUAUUAGUGCCCGUGCAUUUUUUAAGCCCCGUUUGGUCAAGUAUUUUCGGUAUAGUAGCACAAAAAAGAAAUUUGAAGAUGUCGACGUAAGCAAAAUUCGAAAUAUCGGUAUUUUAGCGCACAUCGAUGCAGGUAAAACAACCACAACAGAACGUAUGUUAUAUUAUUCCGGUCUAAUAAAUCAAAUGGGUGAAGUCCAUCAUGGUAAUACAGUGACCGAUUUCAUGGACCAGGAACGGGAAAGGGGGAUUACCAUAACUUCAGCCGCCGUUACUUUCUAUUGGAAGAAUAAUCAGUUUAAUUUAAUUGAUACUCCUGGUCAUAUAGACUUUACUAUGGAGGUCGAACAAACGUUAAAUGUUUUAGAUGGGGCUGUGGUAAUUUUAGACGGAUCUGCAGGGGUUGAAGCUCAAACUUUGACAGUUUGGAGGCAAGCAGAUCGGUAUAAAAUUCCCAGAAUAGUUUUUGUUAAUAAAAUGGAUAGGAGUGAUUCAAAUUUGUUUUUGAGUUGUAAAAGUAUAGAAGAGAAAUUGGAAAUGCCCGCGCUUUGUUUACAGUUACCUGUAAUCGAAAAUGGGGUACUCACAGGGAUAGUUGACGUUCUUACAUUGGAAAAAAUUAUGUACAAUCGAAAUAACGAUAAAUUAAUGAACCGUGUGGAAAUAACAAAAAAAUCCGAUCCAGAACUUUGGGAAGACGCCAGACGUCUUCGUUCUCAUCUAGUCGAUGUUUUAUCCACUUUUGACGAUUCGCUAGCAAAUCUAGUAAUUUCUUCCGAAUCUUUCGAUAUUACGACAGUCGAUAUUAUCAAAGCUUUGCGUUCAGUGACGUUAAAACAGAAAGCAGUACCAGUUUUGAUGGGCAGUGCCUACAAAAAUAUAGGAAUUCAACCAUUAAUGGACUCGAUUCUUUUAUACCUGCCGUCACCCGAUGAACGCGACACACAUUUUUCUUCUUUUGAGGAAAAUCUCUGUGCGCGAGCGUUCAAAGUCAGACACGAUAAACAAAAAGGAGCGUUGACUUUUUUCCGCAUUUAUAACGGGAAGUUUAACAAAAACCAAAGAAUUUAUAGCAUUCAACAAAAACAAGCUGAACAAUGUGGAAAAUUAUACGUAGCAUAUGCUGAUGAUUUCAAGGAAGUUGACAGUAUUGGAACUGGAAAUAUUGCGGUUGUUUCGGGUUUGAAGUAUGUUAUGUCGGGGGAUUUAGUAACAAAUUCACAAUCGUCGGCACAAAAAGCCAAGAAUAAAAUGUUUAAAUUAACGAAGAAAAAAGGCGAAAUUGAUGAAGAAAGUGUGGAAAGUUUGUUCGGGACUGGUCCGAGAAUCCCCGAACCGGUUUUUUUCUGUUCAAUAGAACCCCCAAGUUUGGCUUAUCAAAACGCAUUAGAGCAGGCGUUAAAUGAGUUGCAGAGAGAGGACCCGAGUUUGAGGGUGACUCACGACGGUGAAACUGGCCAGACUGUUUUAUCCGGAAUGGGGGAAUUACACUUGGAAAUAAUUAAAGACCGAAUUUUGAAAGAGUAUAAAAUUAAUGCGGAGUUGGGCCCGUUGCAAAUUGCUUAUUUGGAAAGUCCGGUAAACAAAGUCACUGAGAGUUUAUUAACUGAUACGAAAAUCGGUAACAAUAAGCAAAUGGUUCACGUAAAAUUGUCCCUAAUUCCGGUGGAAAAGUUUGGUGGAGACAUAAUGAAAUUGGAUAAGAGUCCGGAUGCUGCUAGUAACAUUGCGAACAUUUUUCCUAAACAUUUAUUAGCUAUCAAACAGGGGAUUGAAGUGGGGGUUGCCCACGGCCCCAAAAUUGGUAGCAGAGUCGUCAACGUCCAAGUAAUGUUGCAUAUGUUUGAAGUCGGCCGAGGCACUUCUGAGAGUGUGAUUGCAGCAACGGUCACACAGUUAGUACAAAAAUUGCUCCAAAAAUCGGACACCAAUGUUCUCGAACCUAUCAUGCAUUUGGAAAUAGCCGCCCCCGAUGAAUAUGUCUCAAGCGUAAUGGCAGAUUUGGCAAGGAGGCGGUCUGAAAUUCAAAAUGUGUCACUCCGAGGAAAUAUGAAGGUGGUUGAAGUGAUGGUACCGUUAGCCGAAUUGAUGGGUUAUUCAACGGUUUUGAGGACCAUCACGUCGGGGACGGCCACUUUUACCAUGGAGUUUGGGGAAUAUAGGGUUAUGACAGCUGUUGACGAGGAAAAUGCGAUAAGGAGUGUGCGAGGGUUUUGAUAUUUGUGCCAAAGUAGCUUUGUAUUUAGCUGAAUAAUUUAUUAUUUAUUAUUUAGCUGAAUAAUGAAGUCAAAUUUUAAUUAACUUAGAAAUGAAUUCUCUAAAUAAAUAAUUUAAAUUUUAUUACGCUAAGUUUAGAUAAUUUUUGUUCAAAUAUUUAAAAAUUAACAGCUUUUAUUUCGUACCUAGCAGUUCACUGUUUACUAGAGUAGUUACUAUUUACACAUAAAGUCAAUAUCCUGUAACAUAAAUAUUUUUACAGUUCGUAAAGUCGGCAUUUUAGUAAUUUAACAUAAAUUUUUACUACAACGAGGGGCCCCUUUAGCACACAACAGUUUGAAGAAUUCUGCAGCAAUGUUCUUCCUGAAUGCUAGGGUUGAUUUUCUGCUGGGUUGCUGCAAAGAAAAAAGUUUAUUAUUAUAACGAGGUACAAAAACAAAAAAUUGCGAGAUUAAAGCAUACAGAAACUAUUUUUAGAUAUUUAGAUGUUUUUUACAUGUACUCCAUGAACGUCAAUUCAAAUGUUUUUCUCUAGUCCGCAUUUUGUUGUCGCUAGAGUUCCUAUAAUAGAAACGAAGUAAAAUAUAGGAACUCAAGUCGCUAUGGUACGUUUCGACAUCAUCGCUAAUAAAAAGUAAUUUCCGGCGACGUAAACCAUUUUGUCUAAUUCUUCGAAUGAAAUUUAGACCCUCGUGUAACUGUAAUCUCAGCUGAAAAUGUGGGUAGGCCUUCUGUAGACUUUAGGAUGGCAGAAAAUGACAUUUCUGAAUUUGUAUUGCGCUUCUUCUCAUUUUUACGGCAGGCUUGUAACUGACGAAAAUCGUCAACUUUCUUCUUCAAAUCUAUUUCAUCUGAAAUAAAAUACGAAAUAUUGUUUUUUAUCAUUGUUUUUACACCAACUAAUACAGCAGUUACACAACAAUCACAGGACACCUACUAAAUACCCUCUCUCGUUGUGUAGAUUGAAGUAGGUUAGUGUACUUGAAGCUAAACAAACUCCGGCUGCAAUGCUUUUCUUAUGGGUGUUUAAAAGUGUCUUC